UAGAAUAGCCCAAUGUGGUUUCAUAGCUUCGUAGAGUCUCUGAAGACAUAGAGGACUAUUUCGACAUCAAUCAUACAUCUCCCCACAUGGGCCAGCGGAAUAAUGUGUCCACUUUGGGGUGGCAAAGGUUUAAUAGUCUUAUCUUAUUCGCCCCAUUCUCAUGAACAAAUUGAUAUGAUACCCACUCCAAAAAAAGUCGCUUUCUAUGUUUUUCACACCUGUAUAUGUAUGGGAGUCUAUGAUAUGCUAAGUGACUGAAAUACACCAGUUCUGUGUCUGUAGAGAAGAUCUGUUAGCUUCUACCAUUCAAAAGUUAGAGCCAGAUUUGUAGAAUGAAAACAAAAACCAUUGAAUAUUUGUCACACCAUCGCAGCAGCUCAAAAGAUUCAGGGUAGACCCAAAAGCCAGGUCCUGGUGAAUCUCUGUAAUGCUGUAUUCCAUUACCUUUUCCUCUCGUACAACCUCAAUGCCUGUAUCCAACCUCGCCAAUGUACACGGUUAAAGACAUGAAAAAUUGUGAUCUAAAAUCAGCUAAGCUGGUCAAAUAUGUUUUUCUCUCUGAAGUGCUCUUCCUUAAGGUUUUUUUCCAUUGAUUAAUUUAUAAUGUGAUGAGAGAGUGAGAGAGAGAGACAGACCAUACCAGUAAUGUAUGUGGUGGGAGUUAGAGCCCAUGUUUGCAUACAGAAUCAAUUUGAACACAGUCAAAACUUUAGAGGAAUUAAAGCUCCUGUGUUGCGAUGGCAUACUCAAAAUGGUUUAAAAUAGCUUCAGAGAUUACGCUAAUGUAAUCCAAUUUAAAGGAGCCGCCUCCAAAUAUUUAUUAUUUAAGCACCAUCUGUUUGAAGCCCCAGGGGUCAGCCACAAACAGUAUAUGCACAAAGUCUUCCACAAAGAGGGCUAUCUCAUUGUCCUACAUCACUAACUGCCUCUGCACCAUCCAGAACCCAACUCACUCCUCAUAUAUCCUCACUUUACCUUAAUCCUCUUUUUACAUAGCCAAACACAGGCUUAGCUUUGUGGACUGGGUACUGUGUCAGGACACGUUUUGUAACGAAGCCUCAUAUUUUCCCAUCAUUGAAUGCCUCUCAGUCUGAGAUGUACAUCGGUCACGGCCCAUUUGUAAACUGUAGCCCCCCCUGCCACUCACUGUGCUGUCAGACAGUCUUUCCUAGUCAUUGCCCUGUGAAUCCUUCCCUCUCUCCUGUGAAGACCUUCAGCCCCUCCGGAGCGUGCUACUGCAACUUUCACCAGCAGCUUCAGAUUAGUGGUUCAUUUGAAGGCUGACUCAGUCAGCACAGGAGGGAUAGUGGGGGCUGUGCUGCAGCUUGAACACAGGACCCUCAGGAGAUAAAGACUACGGUGAAACGAGAGAUUAUAGUGAAAGAUAAGUGGUUCUGUUUAAUGAGAGUUGGUUUAUCUUCUGCCCGCGGCUGGAGGGUGGGCAUGGUUGUGUGUUUCAACUGGGGACUGGAAUCAUUUGAUUGUCUUAUAAGCAGUUUGUAUUUUUCAAGGAGCCUAUGUUGUACUGGUGGUGUUUAAAACAUAGGGAAUAUCCAUUUGUUGUUUUUCAUUGGAUUUCAGAUGUUAAGCCUAUAUUUGAACAUACUUGCAUUGAUAUCAUUUAAUUAUUAUCAUGGAUUAUUAUUGGGUAAUUGAUCAUCUAAAAAUGGAGGCAUUAAACAUUUUGCCUGGCUACCCAUCCACGUCGCUCCGGCCAAAUGCCACGCCCACUAACGUUUCUUCUCCACGAUGAGUCUGGAUUUGAUCUCCUCCCCGAAAACUUCUCAAAUGCCAACACAUUCAAACUGUUUUGAUUGAUCCCUGAAACCUAUGGGUUGGGCCAGAGCCUGAACACACAUAGGUAGAGCUUCGUUUUGGAAGUAGUCAUUGGCUUUGGUACUCUAAUUGAUUAGACGAUCCAAUCGCUGAUGACUUGUUUUGUACAACUCCCCCUCAUUUUGACUUCAGCAGAAAAUGACUUCUAUCAUUGCAGUCUAGCGAUAGGUGGAGCAUUGGACUUAAAUUCAGUAUGAGUCAUCAGGCUACUAAACAUUGGCAUUUGAUUUUAAAUGACUCCACUACAUCCAUGUGAUUCUAGUCUGUUGCUUAGUUGGUGAUUAUCAUAAAGAUUUGCUGCCCCCUCUAGGCUGCUCAUGGUAAGUGACAUAUUCUCAGUGGGCUCUAUUUUGAGCACCAUCUUGGUAGCCUCAUUCGACCAUCCUGAUGGAUCCUGACAGUUUUUGCUGAGAUAUUUUUUCCAUAGAUUUUAGAACUCUCCAAAAAGGCUCUCUAUACUAAUGUCUAUCAUACAUUUUUGGGGAACAAUGAGUUUAGUUGUAUUUCAAAGGCAGAGAUGCAUCUUUUUGUAUUAUUUUUAAACACCCAUAUUAUUCAUGUAAAAACAUGGUAGUUAUUAAACAAUCCAAUUGACAGUGAUGCCCCGCCUACAUUGUGUUCUACAGUGGCAGCUUUUCAAGGGUUUAUCUGUUGAUGGAUGUAGAUUAAUGAUACCCAUAUCCACACUUUCCAGUGUGUCUCAUCUGUCUGCAGCAAGACACAACCCAGAUGGAGAGUGGAGACAGGGAUUAGGGAAGAUUUUCCUUCAUUUAAUAAACAAUUGAAUGGCACAGUUCGGAGGAUAAACCUAGCCCAAGAAAAAGCAGUAAGAAUAGUCACGGGAAUAUAGAGCAUUAAGGCGCAGUGUAUCAUUUAAAAGAACCAUUCCCAUUCAUCAUCAUUCUAAUCUACAACACAGUCCAAUACUCCUCCGCAUUAGGACACACUGUAUUGUUAUGCCCAAAAGUCUGGAGGGCUUAGAUUUAGCUGCACAUACUUGUAUAGAAUUUUUCCCGUAGGUAUGUAUCACUCUAAAUGACUUUUUUCAAAGUGACGCAAUCCAUCCUAAUCCAGUCACAUCCUACAUCCGUUUUCCCAUAGUAGGAAGAGCAGUUAUAUAUUCCUCAUCUGCAUCUAUAUACUCUUAGAAAUGUUUUGGGGUUCCAUGUAGAGUCCUCUGUGGAAAUGGUUCUACAUAUAACACAAAAGGGUUCUACAUGGAACCAAAAAUGGUUAUUCAGAGUUCUCCUAUGGAGACAGCCAAAUAACCAUUUUAGGUUCUAGAUAGCCCCUUUUUUUUCUAAGAGUGUAGCACUGCUCUUUUCAAACACACAAGAUGAUGCCCACAUUGACUUCCAACUAAUGGAAUAGCCCACCCCCUCACCUUUAAAUCUGCCAUCUCAAGCAGAAAAAUUAGUUUCUAUCCCUAACAGGAUUAGCGAGACAAAGUGCAAGCCAAAUCAGAAAAAACAAUCCAGGGUCUAUUAUGUUGUGGAAUAACAGAAUGGCUAAUACAAUGAUGAUGCUAUUAAAUCCACUUCAGUCAGUCUGACAGCAUCAGCUGUGAUUAGUGUUUUGGCAAGUUGGACUUUCAUUGGCACAAGAGUAGAUGUUGCAUUUUCCAUUGGCGCAUUGGUUCUCAUUCGCCUUAGGAAUUUCUGUGGAACAACAAUCUCGAAUAAACUUGUAAGUUCAAUGCAAGUUCAAGUUCAGGACAUGAAUCAAGUAGUUUUAUUUAGGCCUAUCCGUUUCUGUUAGUAUAUGUUUUGAAAACCUAAGCAGGCAAAGAAAAGUGAUUGAGCUACAAAUAUGAGAAUCCAGUCAUACCAACAGUCAGCACAGAGACAGUUGUCAAAGUGACCAUGUGUUAGCCUACCUCCUCUGUGUCCAGCCGAGCUGCUGUACUUGGGUCACGUGAAGCAAGAGUCAGGGUUGAAGGAUUGAGCCAGGGAUUGUUUAGGGAUUAGUCAAUAGGAGCUUCACGGCAGAAAUUAAACAAGGGACACCAUAGCAAUGGGGUCACAUGAUACCAGGGGCAAUAAGAAAGCAUAGAGUCACUGCGACUAUAAUCCAAGAACAACAUGCCAGCCCUGACGCCAGACAGAUGCCCAGUUGCUCUCGCUCUCUCGUUCUCUCGCUCUCACUCCCACUCAAUCACUCUCGCUCUCGUUCUCUCUCUAAUUCACCCAGCUGAAUACAGUUUCAUUCCAGAAAGAACGUAACCGGUGUGCUGUCACACAGCAGCUGUUGAGCAGCCCCUGGCCUAGCUAAAUGUAUGUGUGUGUACGGACUUGACCGUCUUGCUGAAUGUGUGUGUGUUUUAUGUUUGUGUUUAUUGUGACUGGGGGUUAAGACCCUCCUCUUAUAGGGCUAGUGUUUUUGCGGACUAGGGAUUUGAGACCCUCAUCACGUCACUCUGAGGGGGUUGUCUGUGUGUGUGUGUGGAGAGGGGUUAUUCUGUGUGUGUGCGUGGGACCUAGCUCCAAGCUGGCGGAGGGCGAGGACUACGAUUGCUGGGAUCAGAUGAUCCAUCUUCAGCUGACCAGCUCAGGGGACUGGCCGGCACCCUGUGACUCCCAGCGGGUGGAGAUGCCCAGGAGAGAGAUGGAGGUGGUGAAGGGUCAGAUGGUGGUCCUGCAGGCUUGGUACAGCCCCACAUCUGAUAUCGGCAGGAACAGUGUCAUCUGGAACUUCAUGGCCAACGACUCCAAGCAGGUCAUCUCCUACAGUAACGGUGAGCCAGGGAUCGGUAGUCCUGAGUUCAGGAAGCGUGUUGGGUUCAGCCUGUCCAUGCCCUCGGCCAAUCUCUCCAUCUACAUCAACAACACCCAGGAGUCAGACUCAGGACGAUACCUCUGCAAUGUCAUCAUCCCUGGAGCCGCCGGACUCUCUGGAGAAAUGCGCCUUAAUGUCAAAGUCCCUCCCUCGCCUCCAGUGUGCUUGAUGACUGGGUCAUCUGUGCUGAACGGCAACGUGACACUGAGCUGUAAGUCCAGCUCGGGCAAACCCAUCCCUCAGUACAAGUGGACCAAGAAUGCACCCAUGUCAGAGGUCUUCUUUUCCCCCAUGCAGAAUGAGAGGCAAGGCACCCUCAGGCUGAGUAACCUCACUAAGAGCAUGUCAGGGAAAUAUGUGUGCCGAGCUAGCAACACUGCCGGCUCUGACACUUGCUCUAUCAACCUGGAGGUCUUCACCUCCUCUAAUGCUGGAGCGAUUGUUGCUGCUACUCUGGGGUCCAUCGUGGCACUGGUAGCCAUCGUACUCUUCCUCAUCUUCAUACUGAGGAGGAGAGACCAUGAAGAGGAGGAGCUAGCCAAUGAUAUCAAGGAGGAUGCCCAGGCACCCAAGCGUGUUUCCUGGGCAAAGAGCGGCACAGGCUCAGACCUCCUCUCCAAAAAUGGCACGCUGUCCUCCAUAGCCACGACCCCGCAUCUACGAGACCCCCAGCAGCCCAACAACUUCCGCUACCCCUACCCCACUGCUCCGGCCUCUGACACAGGCUCUGUGUUCAAUGCCUACCGCCUUCAGCCUGGAGAGCCCAACCCCUUGCAGGGCCUCCCAGGGUACAUCAGUGGCACACCUCCACCCAGGCACACCAGACCCCUCUGUGUUGCAAACAACAUUGAUGCCACCUCUCCACACAGGCACAGUCGACCCCCCAGUUCUAACCACAUCAGUGGGACUCUACCCCCUGGCCACACCCGGCCCCUCAGCACUAGUAUCAUUGUUGACACCCCUCCCCAUGGGUUCAGUCAACCCCCCAGUCCUAACCAUGUUGGUGUCACCUCUCCACAUGGGCACGGCAGACCCCCUAGCUCUAACAACAUUGGUACCCCCUCCCCACAUGGGAACAGUCAACCCCCAAGUUCUAACAAUAUCGGUGCCCCCUCUCCACAUGGGCACAGCAGACCACCAAGCUCGAACCACAUUGGCGGUAGCGCUCUACACAGGCACAGUCGACCUCCCAGUUCCAACCACAGCCGACCUCCCAGCAUCAGUAGCAUUCCUCACUAUGGACACAGCAGAACCUCCAGUUCCAACGGUGCCCCACCCCAUUCCCCACCUGGCCACAUGGUCACAGACCCCGACAAAACUGAGGGCGCCCAGCCCCAGGUGCCACACCCUCUCACCUCGCCAAUCAGCUCCACCACCCUGGCCCGUAUAGGUGCUGUGCCCGCUCAGAGCCAGGCUGGAUCACUGGUAUAGCCCACUGGAAUGUCUCACAUUUUACUUUUGAACACAAACUGAAGCAAAUGGAUAAAGACUUCCUCAAAGUAAGACUGUAUAGAGGAGAGAAGGAUUUGCUACAAAUUAAAAUCACUUUUUAUUGCAGUUGUUCAAAGUAGAAUGAAGAACUCAUGCUAAAGAAGACAAAUGAGAAAUUAUGACACUUGUGGAAUCGACUGUAUUCAAGUCUGCACAAGUUCAAAGACUUGUUUUAGCUGUUUUCAAAUACCAUUAUCAGAGUCUUUAAGGUUAAAACAAGGCCUAUUCUCUAAAACAUUGUUUGUGAAUCCAUAUUUUUGACUUAGUCAUGGCCAAAAGUUUUGAGAAUGACACAUGAAUUUCCUGCUACAGUGUCUUUAGAUAUUUUUGUCGGAUGUUACUAUGGAAUACUGAAGUAUAAUUACAAGCAUUUCAUAAGUGUCAAAGGCUUUUAUUGACAAUUACAGGAA